CUCCUCUCUCUCUCACCCCUCUCCCUGCCCUUGGCUGCCUGUCUGUCUAUCCUAUUAUCCUUUCUCUCUUUCACUCCCCCUCCAUGCCACCAUUUUUAUCCUCUCCCCUAUCCCUCUCUCUCUUUCUCUCUCUCUCUCUCUCUCUCUGCAUGCCCCCCCCCCACACCUCUCCUCUUCUCCCCUCUCUCCCAGAUGCCCCUAAGAACACGUCUGUGUUUGCGCAGCCCUCCAGUGUGAUCGACGCGGGCCGUCCUCUGACUCUGACCUGCAGCAGCCAGGCCAACCCGGCGGUGGACAACUACACGUGGUUCAGGAUCAAUGCGGCUGACGCCUGGGUAACGCGAUCGGGCCCAAGCUACACCUUCGCUGAGGUCAGCCCCGGGGAGAGCGGCCAGUACUACUGCGAGGCACGCAACCGUAUCGGCGUCCACAGCUCGCCUGUCCUCACUGUCAGGGUCAGAGGCAGACUGAAGGUUAUCGCCCUGGCCUCAGCUGUGGGCGUGUCUGCUGGUCUCAUCACUCUCACUGUGGCUGUCAUGAUCAGCAAAAACAUGCACAGAGUAGACAUGGAAUAUCCAGAGGAAAACAAGAAGAGGCCAUCGGUGACAGCUGACACCCUGUUCUACGAGUCAGUCCAGCAGACCCUUCAGUUGAGGACUGGCAAGAUGUCCGACAUCCCGGAGGAGCCAGAGGAGGUGUAUGAGAGGGCCCAUCCCUCCAUCGUACCCCUGAAGGAUGCUCCACCCUGCACAGAGGCAGACAGCAUCCUCAACUAUAUCACUGUGCAUUACUCAAGGAUCCCAAGUCUGGACCAGAUUCAAGUUACAAAUGUACCACUGGAUGGCGAUAAAGAGCCAAAGGAUGCUGCCAAUGUUGUUUACACUGUCCUGGCCAGACCACACCAGUAGUGGUGCAGAUGAGAACUGUAGCUCCAAAUGAGUGACAUCGCCAGAAGGAUCUCUACCAUCGACCCCUGAACUGCUUCUGAGCUGGACUGCUCACUCUAAGCCAAUUUACUGUUUAUCUAAUUUACUACAAAGUCUAAUUUACUAGGAAUAGUUCAAGUAGUUACUUGUAAUUCAUUUGGCAUUAUAAGUGGCAUUAUAACUCAUUUAUUAGCAUUUAACGUUUUACUAGUAGUGGCCAGAUAAUGAAAUAUUCCGAUAUCAGAAUCAUCCUUAAAAUGUAUCUUUUUCACCCUCAGAAGGAAGUCAUUUUGGACAUUUUCUCUCUGGGUUCUCUCUAUCUCCUCCAUAAGAUAUAAUUCAAAUGUAACAUACUUUAAAAAUGAAGUUUGGUAUGCAUCAUCACUCAUGCUAGUCUUAUGGAGAAUGUGCGUAAAUGUGUUACUGAUCAUAUCUUAUGUUUAGGGUAUGGUUGGUAUGUCCCAAAU